AUGAUACUGGCUUCAGUGCUGGGGAGCGCACCCCGGGGUGGGCCUCCACUCCGGCCCCUCUUGGGUCCCGCACUCUUGCUACGGGGUCGUUCCACCUCAGCCACUGACACACACCAAGUGGAGAUGGCCCGGGAACGCUCCAAGACUGUCACCUCCUUUUACAACCAAUCGGCCAUCGACGUAGCAGCUGAGAAGCCCUCCGUCCGUCUUACUCCCACCAUGAUGCUCUAUUCCGGCCGCUCUCAGGAUGGCAGUCACCUCCUGAAAAGUGCCCGGUAUCUACAGCAAGAGCUGCCAGUGAGGAUCGCACACCGCAUCAAGGGCUUCCGCAGCCUGCCUUUUAUCAUUGGCUGCAACCCCACCAUUUUGCAUGUGCACGAGCUGUACAUCCGUGCAUUCCAGAAGCUGACAGACUUCCCUCCGAUCAAGGACCAGGCAGAAGAGGCCCAAUACUGCCAACUGGUUCGACAGUUGUUGGAUGACCACAAAGAUGUGGUGACCCUCCUAGCUGAGGGCCUGCGUGAGAGCCGAAAGCACAUCCAGGAUGAGAAGAUUGUCCGUUAUUUCCUGGACAAGACGCUGACUUCUCGGCUUGGGAUCCGCAUGUUGGCUACACAUCACCUGGCACUGCAUGAGGACAAGCCUGACUUUGUUGGCAUCAUCUGCACUCGCCUCUCACCAAAGAAGAUUAUUGAAAAGUGGGUGGACUUUGCCAGACGCCUGUGUGAGCACAAGUAUGGCAAUGCCCCCCGCGUCCGCAUCAAUGGGCAUGUGGCUGCCCGGUUCCCCUUCAUCCCUAUGCCACUAGACUACAUCCUGCCAGAGCUGCUCAAGAAUGCCAUGAGAGCUACCAUGGAGAGUCACCUAGACACUCCCUACAACGUCCCAGAUGUGGUCAUAACCAUCGCCAACAAUGAUAUCGAUCUUGUCAUCAGGAUAUCAGACCGGGGCGGGGGAAUCACUCACAAAGACCUGGAUCGGGUCAUGAACUACCACUUCACUACGGCUGAAGCCAGCACCCAGGACCCCCGGAUCAGCCCUCUUUUUGGCCACCUGGACAUGCUCAGUAGUGUCCAAUCAGGACCCAUGCACGGCUUUGGCUUCGGGCUGCCCACAUCACGGGCCUACGCGGAGUACCUUGGUGGUUCCCUGACGCUGCAGUCCCUGCAGGGCAUUGGCACAGAUGUCUACCUACGGCUCCGCCACAUCGAUGGCCGGGAGGAGAGCUUCCGCAUCUGACCCCAGAGUCCUUGGCCUGCUUGCCUGCCCUGCCUGGGUCACAUUCCUUGCUAGGAACUUCUAGACCAGGCAGGGGCCCUACCUGCUCCACUUGCGGCUGCAUCUUGAGUCUUAGGGCCCCAGACAGACGGACUUCUGUGGAACUGGGCACCCCCACCCUCAGUAGGGUCCACUACUUCCCUGCCUUCAGGCCUUAGAAGGUGGGAAAUGAGGACCCCUGAGGCCUCCAGCCCCAGCUCCAUUAUUCUCGUUCCUGGGGGACACCCCCACUCUGACCUGCUGUUUGUUAUUAAAGUUCACAUUUGGAAUGCCCUCUUGGGCCCUGUGUGUGAGGAAGGCAGGU